UUUUUUUUUUUUAUUUUUUUUAUUAAGUUUGUAGUGUAAAAUUACUGUAUCGUGGGCUUUGAGGAACUCAACUAGUCAACUAUGUAAAGAAGACAAUGUAGAGUUAAACUAUAAAUUGUCUAGUUUACCACAUUACUGCCUUCACCAAAUUAACUACUCCUCUUUUUCUUCAAAAAAAAAAAAAAAUAAAAAAAUUAACUACUCCUCUUUUAAUCUGAUCUAUUACUCCCCCUAUCGCCACCGUCUCCACCCCGGAAUUUGACAUACACUACUUCCACUUUUCAAGUUUCCGAGAUUUCACUCAUCAAUCAAAAGGUGAGUGAGUAACACGGUAAGGGAGCACUUUGAAGUAGGAUGCUUUGAGGAAGUAUUUAUUAUUCCCUUGCAUCUAAUAUAUCUGUGAAGCAAUUCAGAUAUGGCUGCGCUUGAGGCCCUGAAAAAGAAGCUUACUCCAUUAUUUGAUGCCGAGAAAGGUUUUUCGUGUGAAACCACCCUUGAAUGUGGUGAUUCCGACAUGCUCUCAGAUGGUGGAACCAUUAACUUAUUGAGCAGAUCAUAUGGAGUUUACAACUUUAAUGAGCUAGGAUUACAAAAAUGCUCUUCGUCUCCAGUAGAUGAAAGCAGUCCUAGUGAAAAGACAUAUCGGAUUGCAUCCCGUGAGAUGAGAGUUUUUGGAGCUAUAGGCAGUGGUGCAAGUAGUAUUGUUCAGAGAGCUAUACACAUUCCCACUCAUAGAAUCAUUGCAUUGAAGAAGAUUAAUAUUUUUGAGAAGGAGAAACGACAGCAGCUCCUCACCGAGAUCAGGACACUGUGUGAAGCACCUUGUUCUGAGGGACUAGUAGAAUUCUAUGGGGCAUUUUAUAUUCCCGACUCUGGACAAAUUAGUAUUGCUUUGGAGUACAUGAAUGGUGGAUCUCUUGCAGAUAUCAUAAGGGUUCAGAAGUUUAUACCAGAACCUCUUCUUUCAUCUAUUGUCCAAAAGCUUCUAUUGGGAUUAAGCUACUUGCACGGAGUUCGACAUUUGGUGCAUAGAGACAUUAAGCCAGCCAAUUUGCUUAUCGACCUCAAGGGAGAGCCAAAGAUAACAGAUUUUGGUAUAAGUGCUGGACUGGAGAAUUCUAUGGCAAUGUGUGCAACCUUUAUUGGAACUGUCACAUAUAUGUCUCCAGAGAGAAUUCGUAAUGAGUCAUAUUCAUAUCCAGCUGAUAUUUGGAGCCUUGGUCUUGCACUUUUUGAGUGUGGUACAGGAGAGUUUCCUUACAUAGCAAAUGAUGGACCCGUUAGUCUCAUGCUACAGAUCUUGGAUGAUCCUUCUCCCUCACCAUCCAAGGAAAAAUUCUCGUCAGAAUUUUGCUCAUUUAUUGAUGCUUGUCUACAAAAGGAUCCCGAGGCACGGCCCACAGCAGAACAGCUUCUUUCACAUCCAUUUAUUACAAAGUUCACGGAUUCUCAAGUUGACUUAGCAGCUUUUGUUCAAAGGGUUUUCGAUCCUGUGCAGAAGUUGAAGGAUUUGGCUGAUAUGCUUAGUAUCCACUAUUACUUGCUCUUCGAUGGACCUGAUGAUGAAGAGUGGCAACAUGUGAAGUCGCUUUACAGUGAAGAAUCUGUUUUCAGUUUUUCUGGGGUGCAAUAUGUAGGAUCAAAUGAUAUCUUCACAAAAUUGUCGGAUGUACGGAGAACCCUAGCAGGCAAAUGGCCUCCUGAGAAGCUCAUCCACGUUGUAGAGAAACUGCAGUGUCGUGCUCAUGGUAGAGGUGGAGUUGCAAUUCGUGUAUCUGGAUCAUUGAUUGUUGGAAACCAGUUUAUUAUAUGUGGUGACGGUAUGCAAGUAGAGGGCUUGCCAAAUUUUAGAGAUCUCGACAUUGAUCUAUCAAGCAAACAAAUGGGAACAUUUAAAGAGCAAUUUAUCAUUGAAGCAGGAGAUGCCAUUGGAUGUUACUAUAUUACUAGUCAAGAGCUUUACAUCAUGUCAUCGGACAGCUAAGAUUGCUACAUGCCUUUUUUUAGUUACGAGGCUAGUGUAUUCCUCUAGAGUUAUAAUUCUUAAGUUGACAAGCACUCUUAAGUUAGAAGUGUGUAACUUGUAAAUCCAAUUUGUAUAGUGAUACUAGCUAGCACUGCAGCCUAGCAUCAAUUAUACUGUAAUUGAAAUUGUAGAUAUAUAUAAGCUGAUUUAAUACAGAGAAUAAUGUAUGUAUAACAUUGCUUUGUAAUUUUAACAAAAAUUAUCAUUUUUUAGUUCCAAAUCAAGUCAGUCCU